AUGGUUAUGACAAAAGUCGAUCCAGUCACUCGCUCUAAAUGGGAAGAGCAACUUAAUUAUGAUAUGUUGCCAAUGUGGAGUGAUUGCGAAGAGGCCCUGAAUAAGAGAUAUACACAUAUAUCAGCUGAAGAAGCUUCGUGUUCGCGACCUAAAACUAAUAAAAUUAGUCAAAAGAAGAAUGACAACAAUACGGGUAGAAAAGGAAAAUCAUUUUCAUUUUGGGAAUUGGAAGAAAUUCCCAGAGACACAAAAGUUCUAACUUUAGAACACCAAAUAUGUGAAGAGAAAUUUGUUGAAUCAAUUAGACAAUUGCCGUCUGGCAAAUUUGAAGUGUCGCUCCCUUUCAAAGACGAUCCGAGUGAAUUGGGUUGUUCCUUUGACAUAGCCAGAAGACGUUUUCUUUCACUGGAACGUCGCUUAUCAAAAGAUUUGAAAACGAAAGAGAUGUACAAUAAUUUUAUGAAAGAGUACAUUGAGUUUGGACACAUGUCUAUUACAGACAGUAAAGUACCAAAUUUCCCACAUUAUUUUAUACCACAUCAGUGUGUAUUGCGUCCACAGAGCAUAUCGACGAAACUUCGAGUCGUUUUCGAUGCUUCGUGUAGAACUACAACACAACUCUCUCUUAACGAUCUAUUAAUGAUUGGACCAACAGUUCAAGAGGAGUUGUAUUCUACACUGAUUCGGUUUCGUCUACAUAAAUAUGCCCUCACAGCUGACAUUGAAAAAAUGUACCGCCAAGUUUUAAUUGAUGAGCUAGACAGAAAAUUCCAAUUAAUACUUUGGCGUGAAAGUGAGACAGAUAGCCUUGAAAUUUACAAACUGAAUACAGUUACUUAUGGCACGUCAUCGGCUCCAUUUUUGGCAAUACGUUGCUUAAUGUAUUUAAGCGAUCAAUUCCGAACCAAGUUGCCAAUUGGAUCUAAAGUUUUCCGUAGAGAUUUUUACGUCGAUGAUUUGCUAACUGGAGCAGAUUCAAUUGAAGAACUUGAGGUAAUACGAAAUCAAGUCACUGAAAUAUUGCAAUCAGCCGGGUUUAAUCUGACUAAAUGGGUUCCUAAUUAUGAAACCAAUCCUGAUUCCAGUAUGGUUCAAAAGAAUAUACAAGAAAUAGAAUCUUUUACAAAAGCAUUGGGCACAUAUUGGCUUCCGAAGAGCGAUAUAUUUAAAUAUCAAUUAGAUGAUUCGUUUCAUUCGCUUAAGGCUACGAAACGAAAUAUUUUAUCUGUUUCGGCCAGAUUGUUUGAUCCACUCGGAUUAUUGUGCCCAUUGGUUGUUAAAGCCAAGGUCCUACUGCAGGAACUUUGGCUACAGAAAUUGGACUGGGAUGAAUCGAUUCCGAUGAAUCUUCACACAUCCUGGGAAAAUUUUAAAACAAAUUUGUCAAAAAUUGAUAAUAUUGAAGUUCCCCGCCAUGUAUUAACAAGUUCGCAUUCUACUAGCGAAAUUCAUGGUUUCGCUGAUGCCUCAAUGAGAGCAUAUGGAUGUUGCAUCUAUGUUCGAAGUAUAGUGGCUAAUCAAAUCACUUGUCGUUUGCUAACAGCAAAAUCUAAAGUCGCUCCUUUGAAAACUAAGUCGCUACCUCGACUUGAGCUUUGUGCAGCACAUUUAUUAGCGAAAUUAUGGGCUAAGGUGAGAACUCUGUUAUCGUGUAACAUUAAAAGCGUUACGUUCUGGACUGAUUCUGAAAUAACUCUACAUUGGAUUAAAACUCAUCCAUCAACCCUAGCAACAUUUGUAUCAAAUCGUGUUGCAGACAUUCAGGAAUUGUCAGACCAAAUUGUUUGGCGACAUGUUCCUUCACGGGACAAUCCGGCUGAUAUUGUAUCUAGAGGUUGCAAUGUCGAUGAUCUCAAUGACUCAAUUUGGUUCAAGGGCCCGGAAUUCUUGCUUAGUGAAAGUAAUGAAUGGCCAGAAAAUCAACAUUUUACGUUGAACGAUCAACAAAUGUCAUUAGAGAAAAGAAAAACCAAUGUAUUUUUUGCUGUCAAAGAUUCCAAUUCGAUAAUAGAGCUGAUUAAUAAACAUUCAUCCUACCUUAAGUUGAUUCGAGUGUUUUCGUAUGUAUUACAUUUCAUCCAGCGCUGUCGUAAAAAAGAAUUGGAUAUCUCAACCGUAAACCCAACAGCAAAUGAGAUGAAUUGGUCAUUCCUUAAAAUAGUGGAAAUCAUACAGAACGAUGAGUAUUCGCAAGAAAUUAAAAAACUUCAGAAUUCACAAGUCUUGCAAUCAAAUUUGCAAAAGCUGAAUCCAUUUAUUCACGAAUUUAAUGAUCACAAUCUAACAUUUUCACUAAUCAGGGUAGGCGGGCGAUUGCUAAAUGCAGCAAUCUCGUACGAUGCGAAAUUUCCCUUAUUGAUGCCUAAAAAAUGUCACUUCAUGACUAUUUACUUACGUCAUUUGCACUUCGAAAACUGCCAUGCAGGAGCUAAAGCGUUAGUAGCUCUUCUUCGAGACAAAGUCUGGCUAAUUAAUGCCAAAGAAGAAUGCAGUCGAAUUGUUCGCAAAUGUAUUCAUUGCUUUAUGUAUAAACCAAAGCUAAUGAACCAAAUAAUGGGAAAUUUGCCUGCUGAUAGGGUGAGAGCUUUGCGACCAUUUAAGAUAUGUGGCGUAGAUUUUUGCGGACCAAUGAAAGUAACUUUAAAAAUUCGUGGCCAUCCACCCGUAAAAAUGUAUAUAGCUGUAUUUGUAUGUUUCACUUCAAAGGCUGUACACUUAGAACUUGUUAGUGAUUUAUCUUCCGAUUCCUUUAUUUUGUGUCUCAAAAGGUUCAUAGCCAGGAGAGGAAUGCCGACGAGAAUACACAGCGACAACGCAACGAACUUCGUCGGGGUCAGCCGAGAGCUGCGAGAGGCCAGAGGAGAAAUCUUCAAGCAGGCAGAAUUGUUCGCCGCCAACAGAGGGAUGGAGUUCAUCUUUAUACCUCCCAGGGCUCCUCACUUCGGCGGGUUGUGGGAAGCAGCGGUCAAGUCAGCCAAGAACUUGAUGGUGAAAGCCGUUGGCAACGCGCUCUUGACAGCGGAAGAGCUAACAACGCUGUUAGCAGAAGUAGAGGCAAUCCUCAACUCGCGACCAAUAUGCCCCGUCAGCAGCGAUCCCAACGACGGAGAGGCACUGACACAAGCUCAUCCCCUUUCAUCCCCUUAA